GGCGGAACAAACUACAGGACAGCAGGCAGAGGAAGCAGAGCUAACGUAGCGCGAAGAGGGCACGGAGGCAAAAUAACGCUGGGAGCGGCGCUGAACACCACCCGGACGAGACGCACGUGCGCAACCAAGAGGGUGCUGGUGGGAGGUUUACAUCCCCAAGCCUCCUGCACACACCGAAACAUGGGUGUUCUCCGAAUAUGGACACUGCCAGCGGCUCUCCUAGCUUCUUCGGUGGCAGGCAUCGCGUCGGCAUCGGUAACCUUCGAGGAGAGAAUUGCUCAGGUGUACGACAUGGCUCCUAAGGUGCGCAUCGCAGGCAGCGGGUUCGAUGAGCUCGACGCCGCCUCCCUCAAGCUGUCCUUCGCGCCGAGAAUGACGGAGGGCCAGGACUACAAGGUGGACGUCCAGAGCUCCACCGUCAUGGUGCUCAGCCUACAGCCUGGCAAGAAGUGGUUGUCCCGCUAUCAUAUCGAGUCUCCCACCGGACUCUACCUCACCUCCGUCAAGGUUGGCGACCUUUCCCUGCUCGGCUACGCGUUGCAGAUCGCCACCAUUGUUCCCUCCCCUACCGUAGAGGCCUCCUCUACGAAGAUCUACAUGCAGACCACCCCCACGCUGUUCAUCAACGGAACAAACUUCAACACGAAGGCCACGACGUUGUACUUCAACCCCCCUCUGCAGGAGGGCGUCGCCAUCCACCAGAAGGUCUUGUCGCCAACCCAGAUCUCCAUCACCAAGAUCUUCAAUGACGACAACCCUUACGUCUGGGCCGACGAGCCCGGGCCGCUCAAGAUCGUGGCGAUCAACACCGGCGGCGGCAGUCUUGCUCUUAACCCUGCCGACGGGGGCAUCAUCAUCGCCGACGUGCACGCGGACUUUGACUACGGUCCCUUGGCCAUGCAGGAUCACAAUAGCCUGGAGAGCUUCCAGAUUUCCUGAAGCGAGUGCGUUGACGGCGCCGAGGGAAGACGCGAGCCAAAGAGCUGUCGGAUAAACCAAGGGCGGGUGGAUGGAUGGGGAUGCAACCUUGCUCUUCUCGAACGGUUUGUAGCCAUGUAUGUUUCCGAUUCUCUCUCCUUUUGUUGCCACAGCUUUCUGUGCUCUCCCCCUUUCGUGCCCCGCGCAGACGCUCCCUCCACAGCCGCUCUACGCUCACACUAGCUUCGUUCCUUUGGGGUGUGCACACUGCACGCUGUGCUUUCACACAGAGCAAAACACGGCAUCCUACAUGCUUGUUCUAAUACAUACAUGCGUGGCUCCCUGUAUUGCAUUUUCAGUGUGGGUCCGUCCAAUAUCUCCAAGGAAGUUCUUCUCCUCCUGUCCUGCACAGCCAAGCAAGGUCUGGCUCUCUCGCGCGCUGCGUCGAGACAUCCAUGCAUACAUCUCGCAAACUAUGCGUCGUUCCACACCCAUCACGCACGGAGUACACAAUGUUUGUCCGAGCUCCUGUUUUGUAUGCGUGCAUGCAUGUAUAUAUGUCAAAUGUAUGUCUUUAUUUAGU